AAAUAUUACGAUUCCCAGUCACUUCUACGAAUUAAUUCAAUUUAAAAUAGACUUAAUACUUCCGCAAUUAUUGUCCUCAAACCCAUGCCAGAUCAUCCAGUUUUAGUCGACGUUUACAGAAAGAACUGAUGUCGUUAAUGAAAGAGCCUCCACCGGGUGUAACGGUAGACGGAGACCAGGCCAGCCAAAAUCUGACACUGUGGACAGUACACAUGGAAGGAGUUCCUGGCACACUGUAUGAGGGGGAAAAGUUCGUAUUGCAGUUCAAAUUCACUAAUAAAUACCCUUUCGACUCUCCAGAGGUGACGUUUAUAGGCAAUAACAUCCCGAUACACCCCCACGUGUACUCGAACGGGCACAUCUGCCUCUCCAUACUGACGGACGACUGGUCGCCCGCGCUCUCCGUGCAGUCCGUCUGCCUCUCCAUAGUCUCUAUGCUUAGUAGCUGUAAAGAAAAGAAACGGCCGCCAGAUAAUUCUUUUUAUGUAAAAACGUGCAACAAAAAUCCUAAGAAAACAAAAUGGUGGUAUCAUGAUGACUCCGUUUAACAAAUCGCGGCUAUAUCGACAAUGGACGAUAAAUCUAAUUUGUGAUAAGUGUUAUAUCGAUACAGUAUGUUAACAUGUAUAUACGAGAUGAGAGUGUUGGACCGCGGUAUCGAAAUUGUGUCGAACAAGUGAUGUGCUAGUGGUGCCCUGCGGUGCGAUUUUUAAUCUGUAUUUCCAAUUUUAUUUAUAAUCUGUGCUGGCUUCCCGGACCUCUGAUUUGUUUUUUAGUCUGUGGACAUUUAAUUACGACUUUACAAGGGUUGUACAAUAAAGGUAAGGAAAUUGAAAAUUCUAACCAUUAAUUUAUUAUAAAUACUAGCUUGCGGCCGCGACUUCGUCCGCGUGGAAAUUUCAAACCCCCUAUUUUACCCAUUAUGGGUUGAAUUUUCAAAAACCCUUUCUUAGCGGAUGUCUAUGUCAUAAAAACUAUCUGCAUGCCAAACAUCCCGAUCCGUCCUGUAGUUUGAGCUGUGCGAUGAUAGAUCAGUCAGUCAGUCAGCUUUUCCUUUACAUAUUUGGACAAGUAAGACUGCAAAUUGCUAGGAAAAGUUCAUCAUAAAAUGUCUGACAGUUACUAAUAACAAUUUCAUUCAAAUUCAGACGUUAUUUUUUACAGUAAGGUACAAUUUUAAAUGCACGUGACAGUAACAAAACAAAAACAUAUCUAGUAUGAUGCAUAAAUUUUGAGAACGCAAUCGCCAUAUUUGCUAUAAUAUUAUGUGUCAACUGUCAUGCCAAAAAUAUGGUUUACACUUAGAUUAAGGACUGAAAUCAUACUUUUGACAUGACAGUUGUCACUUUGCAUAAAAGGCAAGUGCGUUCUCAAAAUGUAUGCACUAUGCAGUUAGUUUACUGAAAAAACAUUUUGAGAAACUCCAAUGGUCUAAUCUUUAAAAACCUAAAUCCACACGCGUGAAGUCACGGGGAAAACUACAAGUUGUAAAUUGAGUACAAGUAAUAAAGUUUGUAGGUCCGUUUUCCGGGGUUGAGGAAUUAGGUAUAAACAGAAAAGUGCAAUAUCAGACAGAGAUGAACUGCUACAAAUUUUGUGCUAUCUAUCUCACUUUUAUAGGUUACUAACAAAAUUAUUGUGCAAGCCUUUGGAUAGUCUGCUAUAUUACAUUCUUGGCUAUUGCUGUGAGCUAUAAUUAAGGUGAUUUCAGACUGACAUGAAUCUCGCAAGAUUAUGAAACCGAUCGUGGCAACAAAUUAUCAAACUGAAUUUUUUAUAUAGCCAAAAAAAGCGCGGUUCUCGUGGUCAGUCUGAAAGCGCCCUAACAAUUAGAGAUUUAUUCGUGUACUUUAAAAAGACCCUAGUAAAUUAUUUUUUUAAGUUUACUGUAUUACUUUGAUGCUAUGUAUUAAUAAAAAAAUUGUUCAUAUUAAUUAACUUUUUUAUUUUAUUGUCAAACUUGGCUCCAUUGUGGCUAAAUUCUGUAUCACAAUCUCUUAACUAACAUGACAGGUCUAAUUGUAUUGCUAUCCCUUUCAUAAUGAUUCCUGUUGAAAAGGAUAACACUAGAUUUAGACCUGUCAAAUUAGUUUACAGAUUUAGUAUGACAGAAUAAACCCAUCUUAUCUGAUAUGUAUCCCUGUAUUUGAUGUGUACAGUGUGUCAUGGAUUUCAGCGUUACAUAUGUAUAUUGUGAUAUAAUAAACAAUGCAAUAAUCUGGGAUGGAGUGUCAAUUAAUGUUGUAAAAUGCUAUACUAUAGAUGACGGAUAAGUUCACACCAAUGUGCGUAUUUCUUGAAAGUUAUGACGCGACAUGUCAUUGCUACAGGACUUGUUACUAACUGCUCAACCGCUUAUACAGGGUGUAAAUAAAGCCCUAGCAAUUUAAACGAAAACAGGUGAUUCUACUGAUGAUUACUGAUAAGAUACCACAAGAAAAACGCGAAAAAUAUAGUUAAGAAUCCUGUAUUUUGUAAAAAGUUCGCAUUGUAUUGCAAAUAACUGAUACUAGAGGUCAACGAACGUUGCGUAGAUAAGUGCCGCUUUGUAGGUGGGGCAUUAACCAUAAGCUUUGCACGCUAUACAUUGCGGGUUUGAAAAAUAUGUACUAAAUCACUGAAACUACAAGUAUAAGACAAAUUGUUAAUAGUAUUGGAUAGUGUUUACUGUUUAGGUAUUAUAAUAAUAGCCCUAAGUUUUUCCUAGCGUUCUAAUUACACCCUGUAGUUAAACAAGCAACCUGCCUCAAUAUAAGGAAAGAGUGCACAAUGAGUGAACAUAUCCAUACUGAGUUAUUAUUAAAUGCGAAAUAUACAAAGAAAUGCUUUUGAAUCACGUCUAAACUAAAUAAAUUAUUUAAUAAUAGAAUAAACAUUUCAAUAC